AUGAAAACAGGUCGUUUUUUUGAGUACACUGAUUUUAUCAGUGAUAAUAUAACUGUCAGUUAUAACCGACUUUUUUGAAACGCUUAAUUGAUCGUUCAAUGCCAAGUAAAAUUCCAAUCGGCUAAAUUUAUGUAGACGUACGAGAUCAAGUUAAGAACUUUAAAGUUGCCGUCAAUGUAACGUUUGUUGUCAAAAGAUCUGUUGCCUUUACGUUAAGAUUAUCAUCAGGAAGAGAGGGGAAAACUUGGCAGGCUUGAAACGGGAGAAACGUUUUGAGACCGUUGUCGGUCGGAAAAGCAAGAUAUCUGAAAUUUCGACACAAAAAUGAUCAUUGCUCUGGCGGAAAAAAAUUCAAUGUGAAGGAUCGUGAAAUUCGCCACGAUCGUUACUGAAAAAAAAAAAAAAAUCUAGUACAGAAAUUCAUUUGCGAAAGAAUGUCGGCAUCUUUGUCAGCAUACUGGGUGAAGUUCUUUAAAGGGGCAGGCUUUCCUCAAGAUGUGGCUACCAAACAUGCGGUUGUAUUUUCUAAUAACAGGAUCAAACCAGACAUGCUGCCCGAUCUGGAUAAGCCUAGUCUUAAAGACAUGGGCAUUAGUCUGAUGGGAGACAUGAUCGCUAUCCUAAGAUAUGCUAAGAAGGUUGUCGAAGAGACAACAUGUGAGAGAUUCUUGGUUGAUACCGAGGAUGAUCCGCCAACUCCUAAUCCUAAGCCUAUUUUAAAACCCACAAUUAAAAAGGUGGUCACCAAAGUUCCUAGCAAAAAUAUUUCGUCGAUCAGAGCCAAGAGCGAAUCUCAAAUUGUCGAAAAGACAAUAAAAGCUCAAGCUGGUCCAACAAAAUCCAUCGUCGUUAGAAAAAAAGAAUUACCAAGUACAGAAAGAGUGGUAUCGCAUUCAGUGAUUCCUGAAAAGCCACAGUUAUCUCUGAAGAGAAAAGUUCAACCAGUGGCUGAUGACUACGACGAAGAAGGUGAAGAUUGGUCCGCUAAAAUGCAGAAAAGACUGAAAGAAUCUGUAGACAACAAUGUCGGCUACUGUGUGACGAUGCCUAAGGGAACCACUUUGAGAAGUCAAAAGAUUCUUAAGAAGGCUGCUGAACAAAAGAGAACAGUAUUUGACAGGUUAGGUGAUAGUUCGGUAACUAGUACAACCAAUUUAGCUGAGUCCACAACAACUUUUAACGUUACUGGCCUUGGUAAAGAUAUUUUUAAAAGGAAUUCCAGUGUUUUUAAUAGGCUUGGGGAUAAGGAUGCUAAGAAGGAUGAAUCUAUGCAUGCUGGUAUUUUGAAAGAUGGAGUAGGCAGUCCUGCGGCUCAUGGAAUUCUAAAAGCCCGUACCAUUGGCUCGGCAACUGCACCUAUAAUCAGGACAAAGAAAAUUCUAAAUGUUUCAUCAAAACCUACUGGCACUAUGCGUGCAGAUCAGGAGGUGAAGCAACAUACUCUCUCUAAGGGUACAAAACAAUUAAUUACAACCAAGAAGGUUUUAAUCGAUCAACCCAAAAAAUUGAAUAUUGUCAGGAGAGUUGCCACUUCUAGCAAAUUAGCUUCCGAGCACAUGGUAUCUGUACCAGCUAAAGCACGAUUAGGAGUAACUGGGUCGACUCCUGGGAAGCAAGUAACAUUUAAUAGGAUUGCAACAGUGGCGCACAUAAAAAAACCAGGUGUCUUCAGCCGAUUAGGAAUGUGAACUGUAAUGAUAAGUCAUAUUAUCAGUAUGUGUCCAGUGGUAUCUGCAAUCAGCUUUCUUCUGUAUAUAACCUUUGACUUUCUACAGCACAAGGGAGAAAAUAUGCAGAGAAAUAAGAUGUAUGUCCUUUGUAAAAAGGUAUAUUGCCUCACAAAAUUUUAAAGAGUGAAAUUAUCUGACAAUAUACAACCAAUGUAUUGCCCUUUUUUGUUUCUACUACUUGUAUCACUGGAAUAAUUUUUGUUAUGAAUAAUGAGGUAAUAUUUAUGAGAUCACAGCAAACUCGUGUUAAUUUAAUAUAAAACAAUUUUACGACUCUGAUCUCUUCUAUGUCAAUUUUGUUUUCAUCAUGGACAUUGUGUGAAACUCAGUUUUUAUUUCCUGUAUUGAAAAGAAUAUAAAAAUAUACCUAUGUUACAAAAUGCA